AUCAUCUGGUAUCUGACGUUGCCUAUACCCAGCAGACCACACUACCACUACCACUUGACUAGGCCCCACACCAGUCCACACCACUACCCAUCAUGGACUUUGGUACCUCGCCCACCGACUCGACCUCGUCCAUCGAGAUCAACGACGCCCUCUUCUGCGAGCACGGCAAGGAGGUCUGCGAGCCUUGUGGCUUCGACGGUCGUGAGGACAACGACGCUGUCAUGGGCUUUGACCCCAUGCCUCGUGCCCCCAUUGACCUCCCGGCCUACUACCGCAACGCCAAGGACAACAACAUUGUCUGCAAGGCCCACGGUAACAAUGAGUGCAAGCAGUGCUUCAACUGGAAGAAGACGAUCCAGAAGCUCCAGAAGGAGUCGAAGAAGGCUGGCAAGAAGAGCAAGGGUGGCGAGUCCAACUUCUAGUCUUUCCUCAUCGAUCUCCGGCAUAGAGUCUCGCUGUGAGCAGGCUGUCGGUUAAUGAGGGGCGUGAGGUGAGGUGAGCCUGUCAGAAGCGAGAGUGUAGUCUUUGUGUAGUAGUUGAAUGAACUAGUUGUACGGUGCAAGUGGGCGUCUUGGGGUCGGAUGUUGUCGAUCG